AUGCAGGUGAUGUAUUGGCAGACUCCCACUAACCCUGGCCCCACCGAUACCGACGGAUCGACUUCGGACGACGAUCACGAUGCCGACCACAAGGAUGAGUCGGACGGAGAAGAAGUUUAUGCUAUGGAGGUCGUUCAUUCAGAGGUGAAAGUACGUUUGGAUCUUGCGCGCCAACCUAUCACCAUCAUCUACGAUACGGGCUGUGGAAUGGCCCUGGUCGACCACAAUAUUGUCGCGCAGGAAAUUCGCGACGUUGAAAUCAAAAAAUUACCCAAAGGAAUCGCCCCACGAUGA